GCUCAGAAGGUGGCGUACGUCAUGCAAGAGGAGCUGCUGUUCCCGUUCCUGAGCGUCCGCGAGACGUUCGAGUUGCACGCGAGGCUGCGGCUGCCGCCGUCGGCGUCGGUGGAUAAGAAGCGGAGGACGGCGGCGUUUCUGAUCUCCGAGCUCGGGCUGAAGAACGUCGCGGACUCCCCCGUGGGGCGCGUCGGCGGGUUCCCGCGCGGGCUGUCCGGCGGCGAGAGGAAGCGGUGCAACAUCGGCGUGGAGAUGGUGCGAGACCCGAGCGCGAUCUUCCUGGACGAGCCGACGAGCGGACUGGACUCGUUCCAGGCGCAAAACGUCAUGUCGUCGCUCAGGGACCUCGCGAUGCACGGCCGGUGCGUCGUGUGCACGAUCCACCAGCCGCGGAGUUCGAUAUACACGAUGCUCGAUAGCCUGAUGCUCCUCACGGACGGGCGACUCGCGUACAUCGGCGACGCGAGAGACGCGUGUCCGACGUUGACGAACCCGGCGGAUUUUUUCAUGGACGUCACGUCGAUCGAUUUUCGAAGCGACGCGAAGGAGGCCAACUCGCGAGAGCGCGUGCGGACGUUCGCGAGGGAGGCGGAAGCGCGCGGGUUAGGCGACGCGAGCGUGAAGGCUGCGAUGGCGUCGAUGCUCGCGGACGCGGACGCGGCCGCGCGCGAGGACGGAGAAGGGAAAGGGGACACGAAGGAAGAAAACGAGACGACGACGGCGACGACGACGGGCGGCGCGUCGUGGCCGACGCAGUUCGCGCUGCUUCUCGCGCGCGCGCAUAAGUGCCAACGACGCGACACCGUCGGCGUCGGCGUGACCGUCCUCCUGGAUAUCGUCUACGCGCUUCUGCUCUCCGCGCUGUUCCGGAACGUCGCGGACGAUCAAGAGGGGGUGCAAAACCGCCUCGGGUGCCUCUUCUUCAUCGCGUUGAAUCUGGCGUAUUCCUCCGCGUUGCCCGCGAUCAAUUUGUUCACCGCGGAGAAGUACAUCGUCAUCCGCGAGCGAGCGUCCGGGGCGUACACCACGAGCGCGUACUACGUCUCGAAGUUCAUCGCGGAGCUGCCUCGGUUGCUCUCGCGGUUCGUGUUCUGCGUGCUCGUGUACUGGAUCGUCGGGUUCAAUCCCACGUUCGCGCGCUUCGCCAUCUUCGUCGCGAUCGUCCUGGCGCACUGCCUCGCCGCGCAGGCGAUCGGGAUGGUCAUGGCGACCGGGCUGCCCAUCGGUGCCGCGCUCGCGUUCGGCCCGGCGACGAUCACCGUGUUCACGCUGUUCGGCGGCAUCUACCUCAACGUGGACACGAUACCGGAGGGCGCCGGGUGGGUGAAAUUCAUUGACUUUAUCUACUACACCUUCAGCGCGCUGUGCGUGAACGAGUUCGAUGACAGUUCGAUGACCUUCUCGUGCGACGCCGCCGCGCGGUGCCUCGAGAACGGCGACGCGGUGCUGGAGCUGUACGGGUUCGAGGACGUGCGGGUGAGCACGCAGAUUUUGUGUCAGCUCGCGCUGACGUUUGGGUUGCAGGCGCUCGCGUUUCGUCUGCUGGUUCGGAGUACGUCGCGGUUUUUGCCGCUCGAGAUGGAUCCCGCGGUCGCCGUCGCGGCGGCGGCGGGCGGGGAGGAGAAAAACGCCGACGCCGACGCGAAGGAACGGGGGACGCGCGCGUAGGGUUGCUAACGUAGAAAUUCGUAUUUGCAUCGCGUGAUACCCUCGUCG